AUGGGUAACGACGGUGGCUCGAUUCCCAAACGUCGCGAGCUCGUCAAAGACGCUGUGCGAGCCCCGACGAUUUCCGAACUCAAAGCGACCGCGCUCGAAUCGCUGGGCCAUGCCUGGACGCACUGCGCCCUGAGCGGCUCCCCCAUAGAUCUCGCGUCGGUCGUGUCAGAUUGGCGAGGGCGCCUGUACAACUACGAGUCUGUGUUGAAUGGCCUUGUGCCAGCGGAUGAACCCGCCGAGAUGGCGCCAGCCUCGAUGGGCAUCCGGUCGUUGCGCGAUGUCGCAAAGCUACAGUUCUCCAAAACAGGCGACAAGUGGACCUGCCCGAUAUCGAUGAAGGAGAUGGGACCCAAGAUAAAGGCAGUGUACUUGAUACCUUGCGGCCAUGUGUUUGCCGAAGUUGCCAUCAAGGAGAUACAGGAGAAGGCAUGCCCUGAAUGCGCCGAGGCCUUUACCCAGGAAAACGUCAUCCCCAUCCUGCCCACCGCUCCACCAGAUCUCGAUCGCCUCGAGAAGCGGCUGGAAGACCUACGCGCGGCUGGGCAAACACACACGCUGAAGAAGGACAAGUCCGAGAAGAAGAAGAAGCGCAAGGCCGAUGAUGCCAAGGACGACGAUGCCGACAAGGCCAAAUCGAAAAAACGAAACCAUGGCGAGGAGAAUGUUGCCAAAAAGGACGACUCGCGCACAAACGGCAUCAACAACUCGCUUGCGGCAUCCCUGACUGCUAGGGUACUGGCCGAACAAGACGAACGCAACAAGCGUCGCAAGAUGGCCGCUUUUAAGACCUGA